AUGACCUCGGCGGCAUCUCCCCCCAUCAGCUCACGAGAUACACAAUCGACACUUAGCAAUGAAAACGACAGUAAAACAGACUUUGGCAAGGACAAGCGCUGUGCCAGCGGACCGUUGUCGCUUACCGAGCCCAUGCUAUCCCCCUCCAAAAGACAGUUGCUCAAGCAGAUGAGCCCCAACAUAGCAAAAAAGCACCGGGUCAUAUCGAACGAGGCCAUAUCUAAACCGCCAAACUUUGAUGGCACAAAUACCAAAAAAACAGUCAAGGCGUCAAGGUUUGCCAAGCCGCUGCUCCCGCCAUCGAUCGCGGCAGGCCCCCAGUUUAGCCAGCGGUCAAAGUCGAGCAUCACUGCAAUGACCACCAACUCGUUGUCGUUGUCGUUGUCGUCGUCGUCGUCGUCGGCGGCGGCGGCUCCGUCAUUGCUACGCCGGUCGAGUUCUCUAUUGUCUCGGUCAAACAGCACCUUGACCGCGGAGCAUAAAUUGACAUUGAAGGCAUCUGACCGCUUUAUCCCAUCACGACACUACUCGGUUGGUCGCAAAUUGGACCCCACGACGCCGACACCCGCGUUGAAUGCAUCACCUCAGAAACUCAUCGAAGCGCAAACUUGUAAAAUAUAUCAGCACCACGUCGCGGAGGCGUGCGGGUUGGAAGUCAACUCCAAGAUUCUACUUUACCAGCCACAACCUCCCGAGAGGAAAAGACCCGUUGAUUUGCAACCGGGUGGAUUCAAAGUCAACUCGAAACUUCCCCCGGUGCUAGCCUCGUCUCGCAUUAAAAAAGUCCCUGCUGCACCCGAGAGAGUAUUGGAUGCGCCAGGUUUGGUGGACGAUUUUUACCUCAAUUUACUCGCGUGGUCGCCUUACAAUCUAUUGGCGAUCGGGUUAGAGGAUGCCGUGUAUGUAUGGAAUGCAUCGACAGGUUCGGUUGGAUUACUAUGCGAAUUACCGGAAAAGACCUUGGUUUCGUCCUUGAGGUGGUCUCAAGAUGGGUCCUAUGUUUCCAUUGGACGAGAUGACGGCUUGAUUGAGAUUUGGGACAUUGAACAGAGUGUCAAGCUGCGCACGCUCAAUUGCGAUAACCAUUUGACUAGGAUUGCCUCGCAAGCGUGGAGCUUGCACACUUUGACGAGCGGGAGCCGGUUUGGCAACUUGUACCAUUCCGAUGUACGAGUCUCGCAGCACUUGGUGAGCAAAGCCGAAGGAUGCCAUUUCUCGGAAAUCUCCGGUAUUGAGUACCGACCCGAUAUGAAGCAAUUUGCCACCGGUGGUAACGAUAAUUUGGUCAAUAUCUGGGACGUUAGAAGCAGCACCCCGUUAUUUGCCAAAAGAACUCACAAGGCCGCCGUGAAAGCCUUGUCGUGGUGCCCCUACCAGCAAUCGCUCUUGGCAUCAGGGGGCGGCUCAACCGACAAGACAAUCAACUUUUGGAACACCACCACGGGAGCGCGAGUCAACACCAUCGAAACGGGCUCGCAGAUCUCAUCGUUGAACUGGGGGUACGCAAGCGGCACCGGCAUGGAGAUUGUCGCUACCCACGGCUUCCCUACUAAUAGCAUAUCGUUGUUCCACUAUCCCACCUUGCAGAAAACGGGCGAGAUCUUGCACGCGCACGAUACAAGGAUCUUGAAUGGCUGCUUGAGUCCCGAUAAUCUCACUCUAGCGACGAUCGCCGGCGACGAGAACUUGAAGUUCUGGUCGUUGUUUGACUUGAACAAGCUGAGCAAGCGUGUUUAUAAUGAGGAAGAUGCCGAGGAGAGCAGCGAGGAGCUCAAGGAGCAAAAGAGGUUGAAAAGGAUGAUUAGUUUGAGGUAG